UAGAGGAGUGGCUGGAUGUAGUGGUGGCACGUCUCAGAGCUUCCUUUGAGCGUUUAAGAAUGUAGCUCAUCUGGUAGAAGAGACAGUAAACCGGUAAAGCCAGGAGAAAAGUGAAGGAUGCUAAAGGACAUGGAUUUGAGGGGCUAAUAUGCCAGUCAGCUUUUCAAGACCUCCGUGGAAGAAUCACUUCUAAGAUUAUCAGCACUCACUUUAUUCUCAAACCAACUUUCUCCAAGAAACAUGGCUGUCUGGGUUAUCUUACCAAUUGUUCUGUGUGCCGUCUCAUUUAUCGGGUGCUGGACAGUAUACGGACUUGCGUUAAGUUUCAACCAUGUCUGCUCACUUAAUAACUGGGAAUACAGAAACUCAUGUCACCCAAAUGAAACGGGGAUUUGCUGCACCCUGGAUAAUGUUCCCACCAUAAGCACAAGCGGAACAAACCUUCCAGAAAACUCUCUUUUCACAGCAACAAUCAAUGCUGGUUCAUUUUUGUUUCUGAUUUUUUGCGUUUUCCAUCACGCGCACAUCCUGGACAGGAACAGUGUUCAUUCCCUUCUCAGUAAGAUUGCAGUGGUUUUGGGCUGUGUGGUGUCUGUGGGCGCUUUCAUGGCAGGGAACUGCAACCCAGCAGAGCUGGUGUUGCUCCAUUACCUGGGUGCUGCUGUGAGCUUCGUGUUCGUGUGCCUGUACAUGACCAUCCUGACCUCCCUCACUAGUAAAUGUAUGCUGACUGGAUGUGAACACGUUCUCUAUCCUCUGCGCAUCAUCUCCUCAUUUAUCCAGAUUACUGCCACCAUCCUCUAUGGCAUCUUCUUCAUCCAGGAGGAUUACAUCUUCAAGCACAUCUCCGCCGUGUUUGAGUGGUUUCUUUGUGUCAAUCUGGAGCUCUAUGAACUCAGCUACACCGUGGAAUUCUACUUUUUCACCACAUCAAUGCUUUCAGUGCUUUUAGCCAAGAAAGAAGAAGAGAAGCCUCUCAUUUUGUCUUAACGUUAACAAUCGUUCAGAACUCAAUAUGGUCUUUUCCGUUAUGGACCUUAGAAAUGAUUUUAAACGUACCCUCAUUCAAGCACUCUUGAAGACUUGUAAAGGGUUUGCACAUACUUUUGAAGCUGGAAUAUAACGUACAUACCCCUUGAGAUAGCAAGCACUGGAUUUACAUUAGAGCAUGAUACUCUGAUUUUUUUUCUCAGAGUGGAGCAAAAGGCACUUUGAACUUCUCAGUUUCUUUCUAAGCAUCUUUACUAUAGGAAAAUAUCUUACAAAUGCAAUAUUUGACCUCGUAUCUAGAUUUCCUGUGAGCAACAGUAACUUGGUUGGUGCAGGCCGCUUAAAUGAUUGAUCAGUGUUUACCUCACACUUUUAAUCUAAUCACUCAAACCCUUGAUAAUGUGGAAAUCAACUGCUUGCAGGAAAUGUGUAAUUGUCAGAAAUGAAAGUGGCAUAAGGUCUAUGCAGUAAAAGAUAAGAAGAAUCCAUUCAUAGUCACAGGUUUAUCGCAAAUCAAAUUAUUUUCUAUUAUCCCUUAUUAUUAUGUCUGAAAUUCGAGACUUCAAAUAUUUGAAUUAAUCUGAACUGGUAUGGAUAUGUGAACUGAAACAACCUUUAAUAUGACAAAAAGAGACGGAAUAACAGAAUUAAAAAUGAACAAAAAAAAAACUUUUUGUUGUCAAACAACAAACUGCAAUUUUUUUUGUCUCUGUAUGAUACUUUGUUGAUGUUCAGGUACAACUCAUGUCUACUUAAUUGUUGGCAUUACUACAACAGGCUUUAUAGCUUUAGUUUGCAUGCCUUAGCAUGCAAGACUUAAUCUGCUGAAAUUCAGUCUUGUAUUUUUUUUUAAAUGCUGCUUAAAAUAAUCUAGGCAUGUACCUCCUGUUGCCAAAUGCCUAAUAGAAAAGUUGCCUGGAAUGUGAAAGGUUUCAUAAUGUAAUGGCCAGAAGGAUGUUACCACACAUACACAGGAAUAUAAAAAGUCAAGAGUGGUGUACAGUAACUCAAAGGAAGCCCAAGCACUUGAAACACCUGUUCUGUGUAAUUCUUGACACACCCAUUGUGUUUAACUAAGGAAAUUAUUGUAUUCGCUUGAGCAAGUGAAGCUGCAACUCUAUCGUUUAUUAUUGACACUUUCAGGUUUAAUGGGGUAAUCAUCUAAAGUUUUCUUAUUAAAUAAUGCAGUCGUCUAUGUAUUGGAUAUGAAUACUUGAAACUAUUUCCACAGACUAUCGUGUGGUAACUAUACAAUCGCAAAUACUGAACGAUUUAGAAGCUUCCAGAACAGGGAGGGGAGCUUGUUCAAACUUUUGAGUUGAGGAGUGACUUUGUUUGGAUAGGUUAUGUACUUUUAUGUACUAUUGUAUGACAAAAACACUGAUGUAGCUCUUGGAGGACUUUGGACCUGUGUUUAAAAAAUAAGCCUCAAAAUGUGUCCUAAAACCUGGAAACUAGUUAACAUUUCUGCACUUAAGGUUAUGUUGCCCCAAAAUCUAAGCGGCAACCACAAGCUCAAGACACUUUAUUCUAUAAACACAAAAGGCAUUAGCAAUACCCAACUAGUGAUUUUUAAGUGUCUUGAAGGCAUUUGCAAAUAAGCAGAUUAAUGGUAAAAAAGGGGUUGCCAGGGACAUUAAACAUCUUCACACCAAACACAGACACUCACUAGUCACUGGUCUGCUUUUAGUUUUGUUGUUUAUAGUUGUGCUCUUGAAAACUAGACUGAAAGAGUUGACUAAACAUAAGUGAUUGGAUGUGAAGUGAAGACUUUGAAGCUUCGCAAUCAAUGAUGUUGUUUCUUUACAACUUUUUUUUUUUUUUACAUAUUGAGACUGUAUUUAAUUAAUAAAAGCUGUGCUCAUUUGUGAAAAUCAUCCUCAUGAGGGAAAUGUUUUAUUGGUCUCGCAGCUUAUUUUCUACAAUCAACCCAAAAGCCAAUGGAAAGACAGGUCUUCACUGUUAAAGAUAAAAGUGCUAAACGGUUAACUGCGAUGCCAAAGAACCACCAUUUUUGGCUCCAGAGAACCACCUCUUGCUCAUUUUUUCAUCUUAAGAACCUUCCUUCUCCACAAAGAAUCUUUUGUGAAACAGAAAGGUUCUUUACGGAACCAUUUAGACAAAGUUCCAUCUGUGGUAUCGUGAAGAACCAUUAAUUUUAGAGUGUAACUUCUAGAACUGCCUACAAAAACACAUGAUACAUGCAAAACUCUUUUAGUUCAUCUUAAGUGUUGCCGCUUUCAGGGCAAUGGGGAAAUUUGUUUGUGCUGAUGACAACAAAACAACAAUUUCAGGUAGGUCUGAAUUCAAGAGAAUAAAGAAACAGAAAAUAAAAUUCAAAUGUUAAUGCAAAGCACAUAACCUUUACUUUGAAAGAAGGUAAUAUACAUCCUGGAAUUACAGAUAAUAAAGAUACAUUAUGAGCAAAAUAAAUUCACAAUGAAUAUCCUAUCUUCUUUCACUGAUCCAAAGAUUGGGGUAAACUAGAAAAUGUCUACAGUAUCAAUGAGGGGGGAAAGUGGUAGCAAACCUAAAAAGCAUGUAUGUCCAGGCAUUCACUGAAUACACUGUAAAAAAAAAAAAAAAUAAUAAUAAAAAUUGAAACAAAACAAAACAAAAAAAA